AUAUACGAAAUAGGCCCGCACUCGAUAUCUACUUUAGAGCGAAACAUCGCCAAGAGAACUUAUAGGAUCAUUGAUACGAAGUGGAUUCUUUUAUUUUUAGGUUAAAUAUCAUUGCUAAAUCUGAUGGAUAGCAACGACGAUGAUACCUUCAAUUUCGAAGAGGAAGAUUAUAAUUUCCCUGGUCGUGAUGAUAUGAUGGACGAAGUAGAUAACCAAAUAUUAGAGAGCGAGGAAGAAUGUCGAAACAGCCCGAAAACAAAAAUAAUAUACAAAAGGCAAAUGCUGAAAGAAGAAAAUGAGAAGAGGCAAAGACGCGUUGCAGAACUUGAAAGAUUGAGCGAAAACGACCGCGAAGUUUCACAAUCAGAUUUGGAAAGGCUAGGACUAAAAAAGCGGAAUAGUGAUCAUGAUUCUUCCAUAUCUGAUGAUGAAGAAGAUGACGAUGUAUCUUCUAGCGAUUCCCAAAAGUCUCUUCAACAGACUUCCGACAACGAUGAAAGAUCCAGUAAAAGGCAGAUAUCUCCUAUUGAACCUCCAACGGCAGAUUCAAUUAAAAAUGCUUCUGGAGAUAAUGAAGAUAGAGAACAAGAAGUUCCCAGACAAAGCUCAAAAUUGAAAUAUAUUUUUAAAAGUGCUCGCUUUUAUAUGAUGAAAAGUAACAAUCACGAAAACAUUGCCUUGGCAAAAGCAAAAGGAGUUUGGUCCACACCCCCACAAAACGAAAUUAAACUAAAUCGCGCAUAUCAAGAUUGUCGAAACGUCAUUUUAAUAUUUUCCGUUAAAGAAAGUGGCAAAUUUCAAGGUUUUGCUCGUGUUCGAGGACCAUCAGAUAAAAAUCAUCCGCCUAUAAGAUGGGUUUUGCCUGGAAAUAUUAGCGCGAGAGCACUAUCGGGCGUUUUCACUCUCGAUUGGAUAAAUCGACGCGAUCUUCCAUUUAGUAAGUGUGCUCAUUUGCAAAAUACAUGGAACGAAAAUAAGCCAGUAAAGAUUGGUCGGGACGGUCAGGAAAUCGAACCUGUAUGUGGGGAAGCUUUGUGUAGACUCUUUCCCCCUGAUGAAAACAUUGAUUUACGAGAAAUAGCUCAUCGUGCCAAGUCAGAUCGUAAUGAUUUAGCCGAAGAAAAUAUGAAAAGACGAGAAAAUGGACAAGAGCACUUAAGGCAACCGGACAAUCGUUAUCAACCUGUUGACCAUCCAAGUCGAUAUCAAAGUAGCCGCCAUGUUGAAACUGCUCGAUGGGAGGAAAGACGCGAACCGCGUGAUCACGAACGUUACCGUUCUUAUCGGACGAGAGACGAUUACGGAGAGGAGAGAUAUCGUGAGGAUCGUAGGCAUAGGCGAACAUCUGAGAGAGAAGACUACGACAGAAGACGAGAAAAAGAAAGAUAUUACUCGACUCGAAGAAGCCGUUCGAGGGAAAGAGACAGGUAUAAUAAUAGCAGUGCAGGGGUUCGCAAAGAAACUAUGCUACAUGGUUCGUACGAACAAUAUGUUAGAGAAUAUGAGCAGAGAAGUGGAGGAUAUGCACCAAGUUGGUCACAACCCUCGUCGAGUAGCUAUUUAUCCCAUUCAAGUUACAGCUAUCCUGAUUAUUACCCCAAACAUAAGCACGAAAGGGAUGUCGACCAAUUUUUACGUUCAACUGGAGCGAUUUCGUCACGUUGCCGAGAUGACUCUCGUUAA